GCAAGGCUGCGGUCACUAGAUUAGCGCGAAUUAGUUACAAACAAAGUCACGUGUGCGUUUACUCACGAAAUUAAUAACAAACCGAACUAAAACAAUAAGUGUUGAUUUGUUGGACUUAAAACUGCCAGUUGACACGAAUUCUGGACCAUUAUAUUUUUGUUACAGUUUUUAUUGAGUUGUUAAGUUUUGGGCACUGAUAUUAUUCGCACCCGUUAUAGAUUGCAAUGACUCUAUUUUGUUGAACUUUUGAGUGUUUAUAUUUGUUUGACGUUUUGAAUCAUGGAAACUUGCGUACUGAUACCGCAAGAAUUUAGCCUUUGCGUUAGAAUUCCCCCUAUUGCCUCCAGAAAAAUGGAACCGGAGGUUUCGGUAUGGACGAAUAAUUCCAUCUCGCAAGGGGUUCUCUGCUACCCGUUUCAAGGAACAAUUAGGCUGGACAAGCUGGAGGUUUAUGGGCAACUUGACGAUGACGAUAUUCGGCAUCGUUUUGGCUGUUACGACGAGAUCUCUGGAAAUGGUUCGAGAAGGGUGCGUCACUGUAAUUGGGUGCGAUUUGUUAGGGUGGCAAACUCGUUUAAUCCCGCAGUUAAUUUGGUAGCCACCAAAGUGGGUGGUGAGCCAGUUUACGAGGUGGUUAAACCAAUACCACCCGAUACCGAAUUGUUGGUGUACUAUUUACCAGAGAGACCGGAAGAGCUAUUCUUUGUAAGGAUGCGGGCGUCGCUCUACCGACAAACGAUGGACUCAAUACUUGAAGAUUCACCAUUAGACCUUUCCAUGUCGUUAUUGUCAAGGGCGCUAUCAAAUUCACCCCCUUCGGCCGAAGACGAAGGAAAAUCGCUAUCUGGAGACAGUUCGGCGGCAAGUUCACAAGGUGAUCUACCCGAACCUACCGGACCAACACCAAGGGCCCGACCUCGAGAACGUGCACUUUUACCAUGUGGUGUAUGUAGUAAAGCUUUCGAUCGGCCGUCCCUCCUCAAACGACACAUGCGAACACAUACCGGAGAAAAACCUCACGUCUGCAUGGUCUGCGGUAAAGGAUUUAGCACAUCAUCAUCGUUAAAUACACAUAGACGAAUUCACAGCGGCGAAAAGCCGCAUCAGUGUCCGAUUUGUCUGAAACGCUUUACUGCAUCGUCAAACCUUUACUACCACCGUAUGACACAUAUAAAGGAUAAGCCGCACAAAUGCAGCCUUUGCAGCAAAUCAUUUCCAACACCAGGAGACCUUCGUUCACACAUGUACGUCCACUCGGGAUCCUGGCCAUUUAAAUGCCACAUAUGCUCGAGAGGCUUCUCCAAGCAUACAAACUUAAAGAACCACCUCUUCCUACAUACCGGUAAGUCGAUUUUCAAUCACCCUUCAGGUCCAUCUCCUCUAAUUAUUAUUUGGAUUAUUCCAUUCGUCGAAGGUGUACUUCAGAAGCUAUGA